UGCGGUCCGUCGCCGCUGCUGUUUCUCUGCUCCCGGGGCGCCCGUGAGGCGGGCUGCGGGCCGACGUCCCGUCGGGAUGGAGCACAUCCGCACCACCAAGGUUGAGCAAGUGAAGGUACUUGACCGGUUCAGCACCAACAAUAAGUCCUUAACAGGCACGCUGUAUCUGACGGCCACGCACCUGCUGUUUAUUGACUCGCAUCAGAAAGAAACGUGGAUUCUACACCACCACAUCGCCUCCGUGGAGAAGCUCUCGCUGACGACCUCCGGCUGCCCACUGGUGAUUCAGUGCAAGAACUUCAGGAUCGUGCACUUUGUCGUGCCCCGGGAGCGGGACUGCCAUGACAUUUACAACUCCCUGCUGCAGCUGUCAAAGCAAGCAAAAUAUGAAGAUCUCUACGCCUUCUCUUACAACCCCAAGCAAAAUGAGGCCGAACGGCUGCGCGGGUGGCAGCUGCUGGACCUGGCCGAGGAGUACAAGAGAAUGGGGGUGCCAAACGCCCACUGGCAGCUGUCUGAUGCAAACCGAGACUACAAGGUGUGUGAGACGUACCCCCGGGAUCUGUACGUGCCGCGCAUAGCCAGCAAGCCCACCAUUGUCGGGAGCUCCAAAUUCCGCAGCAAGGGCCGCUUCCCAGUGCUGUCCUACUACCACCAGGAGAAGGAGGCUGCCAUUUGUCGCUGUAGCCAGCCCCUGUCCGGAUUCAGCGCCAGGUGCCUGGAGGACGAGCAUCUGCUGCAGGCCGUCAGUAAAGCCAACCCCGUCAACCGCUACAUGUACGUCAUGGACACGCGGCCCAAACAUCGCGUGCAGAGCUGGUGGGCCUCACAAAAGGACAUCGGCAGAAUUAUAGUGAUGAUGUCUUCAAAAAUCUGGAGUGAGGAGAGACUAAGAGAAAGCGAUGAGAGGAAGCGACUGAACGCCAUGGCCAACCGAGCCGCAGGGAAGGGCUACGAGAACGAGGACAACUACUCCAACAUCCGCUUUCAGUUUGUCGGCAUUGAGAACAUCCACGUCAUGAGGUCCAGCCUGCAGAAGUUACUGGAAGUCAGUGGUGCCAAGGGCCUGUCCGUCAACGACUUCUACUCGGGCCUGGAGAGCGCCGGGUGGCUGCGCCACAUCAAAGCCGUCAUGGAUGCUGCCAUCUUCCUCGCCAAGGCAAUCACGGUGGAGAACGCCAGUGUGCUUGUGCAUUGCUCUGACGGCUGGGACCGCACGUCUCAGGUCUGCUCCCUCGGCUCCCUCCUCCUGGAUCCCUACUACAGGACCAUCAAAGGAUUCAUGGUUUUAAUACAAAAAGAUUGGAUCUCCUUUGGACAUAAAUUUUCAGAGAGGUGUGGCCAUUUGGACGGUGACCCAAAGGAAAUCUCACCCGUGUUUAUUCAGUUUUUGGAGUGUGUAUGGCAUUUGACCGAACAGUUUCCACAAGCCUUUGAAUUCAAUGAAGCGUUUCUUCUUCAGAUCCACGAACACAUUCAUUCUUGCCAAUUUGGAAACUUCCUUGGAAAUUGUCAGAAGGAAAGAGAAGAGCUCAAGUUGGAGGAGAAGACUUACUCCCUGUGGCCGUUUCUUUUGGAUGACCAAACGAAGUACCAAAACGCCCUCUACAGCUCCCCGCCGCACAGACUGACGGUCUUGGAGCCUAGCACGGUGUCUUUCCAGUUCAAGUUUUGGAGAAGCAUGUACCACCAGUUUGACCGAACCUUGCACCCCCGGCAGUCGGUGUUUCACACGGUGAUGGCCAUGAGUGCGCAGAACAAACAGCUGGAGAAAGAGCUGAGAGACCUGGAGUCUAAACUUCAGCAGCACACAAACAAGCAGACAGCUGGUGUCCUCACCAAAGAACAGCUGCACUCGGUUCGGCCCGACUCACCUGCUCUGAAAGCGUCCCUGUGCCUGAAAGAGCAGGCUCUGCUCCCAGUGGCCGACGCCCUGCGGACGAUAGAGGGCAGCGAGGCCACCGACAACCGCUACAGCGACUACGCCGAGACCUUCGCCAAGGCCGAGCCCGGCGUGGUCAGCCUGGAGUACGGCGUGGCAAGGAUGACCUGCUAGAUGCCCCGCGGGGGUAGGGUGAGAUGGAUAGAGGGUGGGUCACCGGGAGGCUUCCUGCCCUGGCAGCCUGACUACCCGGGGGGUUUUGACUGAUGACCCGAGGGUUGAAGACAGGAUAGCACUGCUCCUGUGAGAGGACAAGAACAAGCCAGGUUCCUGCCUCCGCAGCAAGGAAUGGUGUGCGCUUCUGUGAGCAAUGAGCGUUCACUUCCCUGGGAGCUUUGCUCAGAACCCCGUGCACGCUGCUGUACACUAGUGAAUUGGCACUGCUCUGUGACCCCGGCCACCAGGAAUGACCGGCCGUGAGCCUCGCGGAGCUGCCAGGAGCGGAACCUGCUGCGGGGGUCCUCCCUGAUGAUCAUGUCACUCGCCAUACCCGGAUCCGCUUUGCCAGCUCCUCGUGUUCCACACCGCAGGACCAUGGAAGCGAUCUCUAAGGAGGCCUUACAAUAAAUCCUUCCGGUCUUUCUCUUUAGCCUUUUCCGUUUUCUAGCCCGAAGCGAGAUGGGUUGGUUGGUUAGUCGGUUUUCAUUGUGAUAGCCUCACUGAUUUGUAAAGACCUGCGUCCCCAUGACGCAGAAUUGCCUGAAUCUUCCCCACCCUGCUGUCCCCUUUGUCCCCGUCCCCCCCCCCCCCCAACACACAUACCUAGCGAACAGUGGCCCAAGUACCCAUCGGCGAUCCUGUGUGGCUGGUGCCCUGCCCUGCUCACAGCGAGUCAGCACCAGCGGGUCUCCCCUGAGUCAGUUUGCCCAAAGCUAGGUUGAAGGCUUGUUCUGGACAGCAUAGCUCGGUUCUGGAUUUCUUAAAUACGAAUCGAAUAUCCGACCGUCUUUUAUAUCUGGACCCCUACGUCCUGUUGGGUUUUGUCUUCUGGUUUGGCUUUAUUCGGCUUUAACUUUUGAACAGAUGAGGCUCUAACAUGGACGUGGGACCCAGGAGGAGGACCCACUGAAGAACAAACCUGUACCACUCAGCCACGGUCUGCCUGCCAGGUGAUCCAAACCCGCCUGGCUCACAAACAAGGCAGCCAUUGCUCCGUGGAGCGCGUUCUUUCUUUCCAUCUGUCCAACACACGAGAAGAAAUGGAACAUGAAAGAGAGCUUUAUCUAAAUUUCAAAUUUUAACAAAAGCAACUUAAGCCCUGGUGGGGGGGUUCGUGUCUCCGGGGGCAUGCCUUGCUUUUCCGUUCUGGGCUCCUGUAUGGGUGGAAGUCUUCCAGGGCAGGCUUCUUGUGUUCUCUCCGAGUCUGUAACUGCAGCCGUGCCUACCAGUGUUUCUUUCCCUCCCCGCUGAGUGGCCUGCCAGGUGUAUAGAUCGGGAGCAAACGGACUGCCAGUGCAUCCUAUAUAUUGGAUUGAGUUGCAGUGUGUUUGGCAAUGUGUAGCAUGUAAAUUAUUUCAUGCAUUAUUUAAAAGUAAUUAAAUGUUCACAUUUUACUUUGAA